UUAAGAACACUGUGUGUAAGAGCCCUGUUGUAAUAAUAGAGGUGGUUUCCUUGACUAUAGGAGCUGUCUACAUUUGUACAGAAGAUGUGUUCCCAAGCAAACGUUUGCAACAACUCAUAGAUCAACAACAUAAGCUGCGUGCGGAUGUUCCGGCUGAAAUCAUACAGAAGAUCAAAUUUGGAAACAGUAUUUUUGUUGAGCACGCAGCAGACUUAGAUACCUUUCACAACUGCAUUACUAAAAGGAUUUCCCUCCUCCUCACAAGAGGCAUGGUGCGGUUGGUGGUCAUAGACUCUAUUGCUGCUUUGUUUCGAUGCGAGUUUGGAGUCUCAGAUUCCGUGAUGAAGGCUCGGUAUUUGCAGACGUUUGGAGCACAGCUUCACAGUUUAAGCACUAGAUUCAGGACUCCAAUAAUGUGCAUUAAUCAGGUGACCGAUGCAGUGAGUGAGUCAGAAGCUGCUCAGUGCAGUUGUAGUGCAGUGGAUAAGAGAGUCACUCCAGCACUUGGAAUAACCUGGGCAAAUCAACUGCUAAUGAGCUUGAUGGUCAGCCGGAUAUCACAACCUGAACAAUCGCCUGGAGCUGUGUCACACCACACUGGAAGUGUGAGGACUCUAAGAGUAGUUUUUGCUCCUCAUCUCCCUCCAUCCUCCUGCUACUAUACAGUAAAAUUGGAAGGUGUAAAAGGAAUAAAAUAA